ACCUCCCCCUAUAACAGAGACUGUGUGUCAUGAGUAUCAUCAUCCUUUACUUGGAUCAGAUUAUCAAACUCUAUCCAGUAUAAAUGCUGAGUAAUAUGGUUAUGGGACAACUUUCUCCGAAGAUAUCUCGUAUUUCAACUGACAUUGUUGUGAAUGAAGGAAGCAAUGUUACACUUAUUUGCUUGGCCACUGGGAAACCAGAGCCUUCCAUUUCUUGGAGACAUAUCUCUCCAUCAGCAAAACCAUUUGAAAAUGGACAAUAUCUGGACAUUUAUGGAAUUACAAGAGACCAGGCUGGGGAAUAUGAGUGCAGUGCAGAAAAUGAUGCCUCAGUCCCAGAUGUGAAAAAAGUAAAAGUCACAGUAAACUUCGCCCCUACAAUUCAGGAACUUAAAUCCAGUGGUGUGAUGCUAGGAGGUAAUGGACUGAUAAGAUGUGAAAGUGCAGGAGUUCCUGCUCCAGUCUUUGAGUGGUACAAAGGAGAGAGAAAACUGAUCAAUGGUAAACAUGGAAUUACUAUUAAAAACUAUAGUACAAGAUCACUUCUCACUGUCACCAAUGUAACAGAGGAGCAUUUCGGCAACUACACAUGUGUCGCUGCCAACAAGCUGGGAGUGACCAAUGCCAGCCUGCCUCUCAACCCUCCAAGUACAGCCCAGUAUGGAAUUACCGGUGGUGCUGAAGUUCUGUUCUCCUGCUGGUACCUUGUGUUGACACUAUCCUCUUUCACCAGCAUAUUCUACCUGAAGAACAUCAUUCUACAAUAAAUAUAAAGAACCAUGAAAGGCUUUUAAGGAUUCUCUGAAAGUGCUGAUGACUGGAGCCAAUCUGGUAGAGUUUGUUAAAAGCAGCGUGGGAUAUAAUCAGCAGUGCUUACAUGGGGAUGAUCGCCUUCUGUAGAAUUGCUCAUUAUGUAAAUACUUUAAUUCUACUCCUUUUUUUGAUUAGCUGCAUUACCUUGUGAAGCAGUACACAUUGUCCUUUUUUAAGACGUGAAAGCUCUGAAAUUACUUUUAGAGGAUAUUAAUUGUGAUUUCAUGUUUGUAAUCUACAAGUUUUCAAAAGCAUUCAGUCAUGGUCUGCUGGGUUGCAGACUGUAGUUUACAAAAAAAAUUAUUGCAGUGAAAAUGUGAUUCUUUAAGGCUGCAAUACAAGUAUUCAGUUCCCUCUUUAAAUAUGAUUCUAUCCACAUUUAUUCAGAAGCAUUUUUAUUUUAAAAAAUCAAAUAAUAUUGCCUUCAAAACAUUUCUUCAAAAUAUAACACAUAUCUAGAUUUUCUUCUAGCAUGAUAUUCAGGUUUCAAGAAUGAGCCUUGUAAUAUGACUGCAUAAAGCGAUUCUGCUUCCCCACCCCGCCCUGUAUAUUCAGCAUAAGUGUGCCUCCAUAAAAUACUACUUUUCUCUUCCUCUCCAACAAUUCUGGAAUGUGUACUGGUAAAUGACAACAUGUAAAUUCAAGCAUACCUAAUCUCCAGUUGAGGACAAAGAUGCUAUUGGCUAAAAAGAAUACCUUCUCUUCCACCUCCAGUGGGGUAAUGGAACUGCUCCAAACUUUGCUCACAACAACUAGACUACAUGGUAUUUUUUAACCAGUCAAUCAAAAAUAGCACAGGUAUAUUUCCCUUAUUUUUUCCCUCUAGUGUAGUUAAUUUGUAGAUUUUGUUUGUAAAACAAGUUUUCCUGGUAUAAAAUACAGCACAACUCUCUUAAGAGACUUCUUGUGAAUGUAGCACUUUUCCCUUUCAUUGCUCUAAGUCAGAACUCUUAAAAGACUGUAUAUGUGAGGUGGUGACAGUCCUUUUUUUAUUAUUGGCCAGUACUACAUGAAUUGAUGUUCUUGCACUGGAGUUGUACUGAUCAGCUAACUUAGCAAUGAUACUUUCAUUGCAAAUGUUUUUAAAUCUCAGAUAGCUGAGAACAUAGGAAGCAUUGAACAUACAUUUAAUAUAGAUAUAGUUAAAAACAAGUGGCUCUAAUAACUAUAUUUUGGUGCACCUUACAAAUGCUGUCACAUUACAUCUUAAUUGCCAGAAUUUCAUUAAAGCACUGCUAAGAUGUAUGAAUAUCUUACCAUAACAAUUAAUUUCACCUUUCAUAAAUGACUCUUGCAGUCCCCACAUAUUGCAUUGAGUUCAAGAGAAGUUUUU